AUGGCCGCAAAACUGAUUGAUCGACGAUUCCAUAACGUUUCAGGCAAAUUUCGGGUUUCCGAGCUGUUCUUCGAUGUCCCUGUAGACUACAGCAAGCCUGCCGGGGACAAGCUGAGGCUUUUUGCACGGAGUAUUAGUCGCUUGAACAAACCAAUUGAGCCUGCCAAAGAAGAGGGCAAGCUUCCUUGGUUGGUCUAUCUGCAAGGUGGCCCUGGCUUUGGAUGUGGUGCCCCGCAGUCGUACCCCUGGGUCGAAUUCAUGCUCAACAAGGGAUAUCAAGUGCUUUUUCUGGACCAACGAGGCACUGGCCUCAGUUCGACUCUCACAGCGGGGACCCUUGCCCGCCAGGGUGAUGCAAUCAAGCAGGCCGAGUAUCUGAAGAAUUUCCGUGCAGACAGCAUUGUCCGUGAUUGUGAAGCCAUUCGCGAUGUCUUGACGCAGGAUUAUCCGCCUGACCAGCGCCGGUGGAGUAUCCUUGGACAAAGUUUCGGUGGUUUCUGUGCCGUGACUUAUCUAUCAAAGUUCCCUGAAGGCUUAAGAGAAGCUUUUCUUACCGGUGGCCUUCCCCCUCUUACCAACGGACCGGAUCCUGUCUAUGCGAAGACCUAUGAGAAGGUCAAGGAGCGAAAUGAGGCAUACUACCAGAAGUUCCCCGAGGACGUGGAUCGUGUCAAGAAUAUCAUGCAAUACCUGACCCAAAACAAGGUUGCCUUGCCAUCCGGAGUGCUCACUCCUUCUCGCUUCCAGCAGCUGGGCAUUAUGUUCGGCUUCCAUGGUGGUUUCGAUAGUCUGCACGAUAUCGUCCUCAGAGUCUCUAACGAUUUAGAGAUGUUCGGAUUCCUUACCCUGCCGACUCUUUCGGUGAUUGACAAUAAUGGCGGCAUGGACAAAAACAUCAUUUAUGCCAUUCUGCAUGAAUCAAUCUACUGCCAAGGAAAGCCGUCACUCUGGGCUGCAGACAGGCUGCGCGCUAGCAACCCGCAAUUCCAGAUCAACGACUCGCUGCCUGAGAUUUAUUUCACCGGCGAGAUGGUCUACAAGGAUAUGUUUGAGUCCUAUUCGGAGCUCGCCAAGCUCAAGGAAGCUGCUGAAAUCCUGGCUACGACAGAUGAAUGGCCGGCCCUGUACGACGAGGCUCAACUAGCCAAGAACAAGGUGCCAGUCUAUGCUGCAACUUACAUCGAUGAUAUGUAUGUUCACUUUGAUCUGGCCGCAGCCACUGCUGCCAAGAUCAAGAGCUCCAAGCAGUUUAUCACCAACACCAUGUACCACGAUGCGCUGCGCAGCAAGUCUGGUGAGGUCAUGCGCCAGCUCUUUAACUUGAGGGAGGAUACAUUAGAUUGA